AUGGCGAUUCCACUAGCCGUCUCCAUGGAUGACCUCCAAAUCGUUUCCGUCGGAGCUCUUUAUAGCGGAUCCUGGGAAAAGAAGUACUGGAGCUCUUCUAGGGGAAAAGAUCGUUUCCCUUAUCCUGUGGGCUACAAAGCUGUUCGAGCUCACAAUGAGAAGACGUAUUAUAUUGAGAUUGAAGAAGGUGCCAUAGGACCUUUAUUUCUGAUUAGGUAUUUGGCUGAAUCAUGGACGGGACCGACCCCAGAAAUCGCAUGGGGGAAGUUCCACAAGACAUUCCUCUCCCACUUGAAAGCAUGUCAUGGAAAACGAUUUACAUGUAAGAUGAGCGGCGUGGAGUUUUUUGGCUUCAAACAGCGGGUGGUUCAGAGGCUGCUCCGGCAACUUGUCUACAGCAUGGUAAAAUCUAGCUCCAGCGAUAAGGUUUCUCAAAAGCCGAUCAAUGAGGAAAGGCCAGUCAUGCGUGAAAUACCAAAUGUAUCAUGUUAUCUGGACAAGCCAGUGGCUAGAAACAAGAGAAGUAAAAAGCCUGAAAUAUUACACCAAGACUGGAAAGUAAAAGAUGGCCAUAAAAAGCCAAGAUUACAAAACUCAGCAAAAGGACAAGUGGAGUUGGUUGGCCUUGAAGGAGCACCGACAGAGCAGAUGCAUUCUACUCAUGCUACUGAUGAAAAUUCAAAUCUACCACAAGAGAAAGCAGCCGUCUCUAUCCAAGAAACAGACCGGCUUCCUGACGGCUGUAAAUCAAUGCCAUUAUCCAAAUUUUCUAAAGAGGAAAACAAACCCAACGAUGAUGAUAUAUUACUGCACGAGAGCCAAGAUAUGAAUGGUUAUGAUCUCUGUGUACCCGAUACCCAAUUCCUGCAAGAUAGCACCAUAAGGUGUGCUCCAAAAAUGGAUGAUAAUACAAGUUCUGAGCAAAAAGAAGAAUUGAACCUUGCUGACGUGGAAGUCAAUGAAUGGCAUGUAGCUGAUUCAGCCGAGUCAAAUGCAGAAAAUUUGACUGAUUCAGCUGAUGAGGAAACUGUCACAUCAAUGAUCUCAUUUCUACUUCCUCAAGCAAUACCACUGCUCAAGAAAGCCUCAAGCAACAAGUCCAAAAAAAAUGAUAUCUGCAAAACGAGCCAACUUGAUGAUGCGUCAGGAGCAGCUGAGUCACUGUCGAUAACAUCCAGUGGAGAUUCUGUUGAGGAUUUUACAAGUAACGUGCCCAUUGCCCCGGAUAGCUUUGAUGAACAAGUUGCAAUAGUAAAUGCAAAUCUAUCAGAAAACAAGGAAGCAAAGAGUGAAUGUUGUUCUACUAAAGGUAAUGGUUUCGUGGUUGGCACAUCCCCUACUGAAGUUGGUUCGAUCAGAAAAGAAAAACAUAAGGUGUAUAGCAGGAAAAGAGUCUCGACCAGUCAACAGCUAAGAAACAGAAACUCAUCCUCGGAAAGUAAACAAAGCUGCAGAAAUACUGGAGAUAAUGAUUGCAUAAGCAAAAUGUCUCCUAUUAAAAUCCCACGUAUCUUGGAGCUUCAGCCGACUUUGCCUACCAAAUCUGUAUCAGAUAGCACAAAUCCACUGGAGGAUGAAAGUGGUCAUGUAACAGAGCAAUGCCAGGGUCCUGAGUUGAUGAAGGUGAAUAACAACAAUCACUCCACUGAUGUAUCAAGCAAUGAGAUGUGUGUGGUACAACCGGAUAUGAGAACAGCUCAUGAUUUUGGAAAUGCAAGUAUAUCACCAUCCUCAUUUCCAGCUUCAAAAGUUGAGGAAUUUCAAGCCGAUACUGGUGAGGCAUUGGGCAUCCAAGUCUCUGCACCACCUUCUACAAAGUCUCAGUAUAAGGAUAAUACCAGCGAGAAAACCAUCUCCAGUGUGCCGGAAUUUCCAGCUAGUUCGAAUUUAAAGCUCAGCAGAGAUAUUAAGAUCAACGAUAAGAUGGAAAAAACAGUUGAGCUGCUUGGCUGCUACUUUCAUCCCAUGCCUGUUUCAUCAGUAUCACUUCAGUCUGCUGCUAAUGAUAUCUAUAUUUGUGUGCUGAGCUUUGCUACAGAAGAUAGAGUUAGAACCCUGUUUAUGUACAAGAUAUCAGCUAAAUCACCAACCAAAGGAUUCCCCUCUAUCGUUGGUCACACACCUGCCAUAUUCCCAAUCGUGGAUGACAAAUCUGGUGGAAAUGUGAAUCCUAGAACACUUGAGAGAUCUUAUUUGCACUUUACUCCAGACGGGCAACAUCUUAUUUUUACUGGCAACAUCAAAACUCCUUACUGCAGGAAAAGGGAAAUUGAUUGCUCGUGUUUGACUUGUGCAUCAGCCUGCUUCGAGGAGAAUGCAGUGAGGAUUGUCCAGGUGAAAACUGGUCAUGUUACUCUUGUGACAAAACUUCAAGCAGUUGACAGCGUGCAGUGCGCGGUGGUGUGCGAUCCUAACUAUCUCGUUGCAGUAGUUAAAAGUGGAAACCUUAUAGUCUGGGCCAUGAACUCGCAGUGGAGAGAUCCUACGGAAGAGUUCGUUAUACUCGUGAAUCCUUGCAUAUCUCCAUGCAUCGUGGAACUGAAGAAGGUCCCAAAAUGUCCUCAUCUCGUUAUCGGGCGUAAUGAUAUUGGAGAAUUGACAUUAUGGGAUAUCUCAAAGCGAUGCCUAGUAUCAAGAUUUGUAUGUCCCAGCAAUUUGAUCUUUGAGUUCAUCCCAACCAGCUUGUUUGCUUGGCACCCUGUACAUAGUCAUUCUACAAUCGAGGAUCAAAUGGACAUGAUUUUAGCUGCAACAAAACUGUGGUUCUCAAAAGGGGUCAACAACAAAACAUUGGUACCAGCUGAAGUCAAAGAUACCGCCAUCUGGCUUUUAGUCUCUACCGAUCUUGACGCAGACGCUAAAUCUAACCCUGAAAGUCCUGCUACAUGUUGGAGAUUGGCUCUGCUUGUGAGAAACCAAGUCAUAUUUGGAACUCAACUAGAUCCAAGGGCUGAUGUAGCCGGAACAGUCUCUGGUUAUGGAGUAGCAGGCACACUAGAUGGACUUGUGUAUUUAUGGGACUUGGCGACCGGCGUUAAACUUGGUUCUCUCUAUGAUUUCAAAGGUAAAGAAGUGUCGUGCAUAAGCUCAGAUGAUUCCGGAAAUAUUUGUAUAGCAAGUGAAGAUGGUCAGCUUCUGGUUUAUAGCCAUCCCGCAAAGGAAACUCAAGAUCAACAAGGGUAA